UAAGUGCGGCAGCACUACAGUUCCCUAUCAUAAAAUUUAAUAGGUUAUGUUUUGGAAUUAUAUAUGUUUAACAAUUUUAAAUUAACUGGUGUUUAAUUUGGUUAAGAUAAUAAUACAAUGAUGUUAAGUAAAGUUAUUUUAAAAAAAUUUGAAAAUGUGUCCAAUUUAAACAAAUAUAAUUUGUUUUUAAUUAAAAAGUCACGUUACUAUUCAACCAAAAGAGGGGAUACAAAAAUAUUCAAUAAUGUUCAGGAUGCAAUUUAUGAUAUAUCUGAUGGUUCAAAAAUAUUAGUUGGAGGUUUUGGAUUAUGCGGUAUUCCCGAAAAUUUAAUUUCUGGCUUAUUAAAACAUAAUGUUAAGAAUUUAACUGUUGUGUCUAACAAUGCUGGCGUUGAUAAUUUUGGUUUGGGAUUAAUUUUAAAACAAAAGAAAAUUAAAAGAAUGAUAUCUUCCUAUGUAGGUGAAAAUGCCGAAUUUGAAAAACAGUUUUUAAGUGGAGAAUUAGAAGUUGAAUUAACACCACAAGGCACAUUAGCUGAAAGAAUAAGAGCCGGAGGAGCUGGAAUUCCUGCUUUUUUUACACCCACAGCUUUUGGAACACUUGUACAAGAGGGUGGUGCACCAAUAAAAUACGAUAAAAAUGGAAAUGUGGAAAUCUCAAGCACAAAGAGAGAUUCUCAAAUGUUUAAUGGAAAGAAUUUCAUCUUGGAAGAAAGUAUUACUGGUGAUUUUGCGUUAAUUAAGGCAAAAAUAGCUGACCGUACUGGAAAUUUGAUAUUUAACAAGUCUGCGAGAAAUUUUAACCCAACUAUGGCUAAGGCUGCUAAAACAACAAUUGUUGAAGUUGAAGAAAUAGUUGAUACGGGAACCCUAGAUCCUGAUAGUGUGCAUGUUCCUGGCAUAUAUGUGGAUAGAAUUGUUCUUGGUAAAAAUUAUGAAAAACGAAUUGAGAAAGUGAAAGUUCAAGAAAAUAGUAGUAGUAAAGAUUCAGUUGUAAAGAAAAAUCCAGCCACUUUAAAAAGAGAAAGAAUUAUAAGAAGAGCAGCUUUAGAAUUUGAAGAUGGAAUGUACGUAAAUCUUGGAAUUGGCUUACCAAUGUUAGCUUCUAAUUACAUUCCUCAAGAUAUUAAUGUUUUUUUACAAUCUGAAAAUGGUGUUUUGGGUCUUGGACCGUUUCCUAAAGCUGAAUGUGUUGAUGCAGAUCUGAUAAAUGCCGGAAAAGAAACUGUUACUGUAAUUCAGGGAGCAUCAUAUUUUAGUAGUGAUGAAAGUUUUGCCAUGAUAAGAGGGGGGCAUGUGAAUUUAACUAUUUUAGGAGCAAUGGAAGUGUCUAGAUAUGGAGAUUUGGCAAAUUGGAUGAUACCUGGUAAACUAGUCAAAGGAAUGGGAGGUGCAAUGGAUCUAGUAUCUGCUCCUGGAACAAAAGUUAUCAUAUGUAUGGAACAUACUGCUAAAGAUGGUAGUCAUAAAAUAUUAGAAAACUGUACUUUACCAUUAACUGGUACAAAAUGUGUUAAUACUAUCAUUACCGAAAAGUCUGUUUUUAAUGUAGACCCAGAAAAAGGAUUAACCUUAAUAGAAAUAGCAAAUGAUGUAAAUGUAGAGGAUAUUAUUAUAUCAACUGGAUGUGAGUUUCAUGUGGCAGAGGAUCUUAAACCUAUGAAACAAAUUUAAAUUUAAAUUUUUUGUGUUUAAAAAAAAGGACUAGGUAUAUUAUAUUAAAUAUUUUUUUUAUUAUUUUUUUAUUUACGUCACAAAUUUGUAC